AUGUCAAUCAGUUCGUAUCAAUCUAUGAUGAAUAAUAAUCUAACUAAUUUAUCAACCGGUUUAUCAGUAUCAAAUUCUUCAUCAGUUUCAACUGGUGGUAGUAGUAAUCCACCAAUGUCAUUGGCUGCUGCUAAUGUUGUACGUGGUAUAAUGGAAAAAGUUUUAUCAACACCGCCUAUGGGUUCUGGUUUAAAUGGAGGAAUGUCAUCAUCGAAUGUUGCUGCUGCUCGAUUAUUUAAUGAACUGGACUAUUUAUCAUCACCAGGACUUGAUUCUGAUUUUGGCGAUACAUCACCAUUACUUUGUGCCGGUUCAUCGAAUUUAAAUAAUCAAUAUUUUCGUUUAGCUAUCAAUAGUAAUAAUGAUAAUAAUUAUAAUAAAGAACAACAACAUUGUCAUCAUGGAAAUUUUCUUACACGAAAUUGUUUAUCACAAAAUAAUCGUACAAUGAAUAGUCCAUUUUCACAUCAACAAUUUACUGAUUUAACAAAUCUAAUUGACUAUUCAUCAGCAUCAUCAAAUUCUAUGACGACAUCUCAUGAUCAUAUGAAUAUGUUUUCGGAUACAGAUGAUGCGAGUGAUUUAAAUGGAAAUAAAAAAUUUAUUGCUAAACGAGCACAAAUAGAUAUGACUAAGCAAGUAACCGAUGCUCGUGCCUUAUAUUUUAUGUUAGGCAUUAAAAUGAAAUGUAAGUUUUGUUUUGAAAAUGGCGAGUCAUUUGAAGUCUAUCGAUCUCAUAUGUUACGUAAUGGUGCCGGAACAAUACUUUGUCCAAUACUACGUGCUUAUGUUUGUCCAAAAUGUGGUGCUACUGGUGAUUUAGCACAUACAUUACGGUAUUGUCCAUUACAUCAAUCACCGGGCAAUACACAAUUACUUAGUAGUGUUUUUGAUUAA